AUGGCGCCUACAUAUGCAACAGCUCUCACCGGCGGCGAGGGCUGUGACUUCUCCGACAUAGAAGACAUUCGCGACGGCUUCUCGGAGAUGACAAGUCUAUUCGCCGCCGCAACGCCCUUCGAUCCUACAUCGCAGCCUGCACGAGAGUUUUUCAGCCCCUCGAUAACGGCCAACUACACGGACAUGAUAGCCACGAACCUCCAGCGAGCGGCAAACUACGGCGUCCUAGAAGGAGGAAUUGGUGCCGUAAACUCGGACAUCCACAUACGCUGCGACGAUCCCAUGAAGCUCUGCGACAAAGGAAACAAGCGCGAAGGCGACCACGCAGCCUACAACAUCGGCAACGAACCUCACAUCGUCUUCUGCCGGGACUACUUCCGCAUGGAUUCCCUCACCGGCCGUAUAAACAAGAAAGCCGACAACCAGAUGGAAAAGGAUCGUCUGAUGGAGUAUUACAACCGCGCCUCACUCUGGGCACGCAUGGUCAUGCACUUCUCUUCCAUCGGCACCGCAGUCGUCGAGCGCCCCGUCCCCGCACCUCCCAACUCGACCAGCGAAUGGCUCCUCGUCACCUCCCAAGGCGCAAUGAACACGUCCGUCCUCGCCGGCGUCCUCAACGAACAGCCCGAAACCCCGACAGACUUCCAGACGCUCAAGUACGCGUACGGCGCCACGCGCUCCAAACUCCUCGCCAUCCUCUCUACACAGAUGAGCUACGACGCGGCCAAUAACGCGGAGAAUUACGCCUUGUAUGCGUUGGCGCAGUACAUUAUCAAGAAUAAAGGCUUCUAUCCGAGUGUCCCGAUCAUGGAUUUUCCAAAUGAAGCGAGUGUGCUUACGAAUGAGAAUUUGCAGGAUGGGGAAAGGGUCAAGUAUGCGUAUUUUGAUGCGGCGGACGUGGUAGCAAGGCCGACGGGUAUGGAGUUGAAGGGGGCGCCGCUUCCGUCAGCGGGGUCGGGCAAGAUGUUUGGAGCGGUGCCGGGUAUGGUUAUUGCAGUGGGAAUUGGAGCGAGCUUGGUGUUGUUGCCCUUUGGAUGA